AUGUCGGAACCCCUUCCCCCCCUCUCCAAGGUCGACUCUGCCGUCCAAGGUCUCUCAUCAUCUCCCCCCACCGACGACCUGAAGAAGGGACACCGGAGGCAAAGUUCACUCGCUCCCGAUGUCAUGAACAUCAACGAACUCGAGGAGAAGGGAAUUGACCUAGAGCUCGCACCCGAGACGCAGAAGACUGGAUGGAAGAUCAACCAAAGCCCCAAUGGCAUUGAGGACCCCGCAAUUCUCAAGCUGCCCCUGACAAAUCCCAAGGUCAAGAAGAUUGACCUCCACUUCAAGCUAGGGAAGGAGGUAACAGCCCGAAACAUGAAGGGAGUAACAAUCAAGGAUGCGCUAGACGCCAUUCACAAGGCGUACAAGAAGCGGGCGGAUGAUGAACUCGACAACCCCUACCUCGCUGGAUUCGAGUGGGACAAGGAGGAGUCAUGGACCCAAUUGGUUGUUCACCUCCAGUCACAGCCGACACCAACCACCUUUGGCGCAUCAUCAGGCGGCGGCAAGAAGAAGAAGAACAAGAAGGAGGCAUAA